AUUUAGCGAUUGGAGUAAUGGCACAUUUUCUUCUCUGAAGCACUUUGCGUUAACCUUGAAUAUUCGGUGACCUUGUCUUGUACUGUUCGCAGCAAAGACAGGUUUUCCAGCAUGGAAGUUAUUGGUCAGUUCAACUUGGGAUUUAUCAUCACUAAGCUGGAUUCAGACCUGUUCAUUGUGGACCAGCAUGCCACUGAUGAGAAGUACAAUUUUGAAAUGCUGCAGCAGCACACAGUUCUUCAAAGUCAAAAGCUAAUAGUGCCCCAGAGUCUUCAUUUAACUGCAGUGAAUGAAACUGUACUGAUGGAAAACUUGGACAUUUUCAGAAAGAAUGGGUUUGAUUUUAUUAUAAAUGAAGAAGCCGCUCCCACAGAUAGAGUGAAGUUGGUUUCCUUGCCCAUGAGCAAGAACUGGACAUUUGGUCCUCAGGAUAUCGAUGAGCUGAUUUUCAUGCUGAGCGACAUGCCCGGUGUGAUGUGUCGGCCAUCCAGAGUCCGGCAGAUGUUUGCUUCCAGAGCUUGUAGAAAGUCGGUGAUGAUUGGGACUGCGCUUCAUAUCAGUGAGAUGAAGAAGUUGGUUACACACAUGGGUGAAAUAGAGCAUCCCUGGAACUGCCCACAUGGGCGGCCAACCAUGAGGCAUCUAGCAAAUUUAGACAUGAUAUCGGUGGAAUGAAUGGCUAUAUUCAUCCCAUGUAUAUUAUACUAUAAUCAUGGAAUGUUAUAUUUCUUGAAAAGCUUUCAUUUUAAAACGUAAUCAUCAAUGCUUUGUAAAUGCCAUCUUUUUGGAAUGCUGUAUGAGCUUAACUGCAAUUUUAAUCAGUAUUUUAGUUGUGGAAAUUACUUCUGUGAAUUUAAUUUCAUUUCCAUUUAUUAUUUAAAAAAUUAUAUAUCUCUGUUUAGUAAACAAUUUGUUUCUUGUAUUUGUGCCUAGAAUGUGACUUUUGUAUGCCAAAAAAUUCUGCAUUCCUCAAUGCCUCAAAGACCUGCAUUUCUGGAACUGGCUUUGUGAGCCAAUCCUAUGUCCAUUGCUUUCUCUGAGCAAAUCAAAACAUAUUUCAAUCUGCAUAAUGCUAGAAUCAAAGUAUUUGCUUGGGUUAGUUAGCCUGUUUUUCUUUCUUUCUAGUGUAAAAUCUUGCAGUUAUGCUGUAAUAAUGAAUCAUCAGCUGGACUCAGUUCGUGGCUUUCUUGUCUGAGUCAUAAGGUUGUGGGUUCAAAUUCCACACCAAAGCAUUGAGCAAAAAUGUUCUAGGCAAACACUGCAUUUGAUUACUGAAGGAAUGCUGCACUGUUGGAGGUGCUAUCUUCCAAAUGAGACAUUAAAGGAAGGCCCUGUCGGUUUUUUCAGUUGGAUGCAGAGGAUCUUGUAAUACUAUUUUGAAGAGGUGGGAGAGGUGAUCUCAGCUUCAUGGCCAAUUUUUAUCCCUCUGUCGUCACUGAAACAGAUUGUCUAAUCAUUAUCCAGUUGCAGUUUGUGGCAGAUGGCUGUAUUGAAAUUUUUUGUUACCUUUUCUAAAUUACAACAGUGACUGCACUUCCAGAAUACUUCAUUCUGAUGUGUUUUGGGAUGUUUUGAAGACGGUGUAUUAAUGCAAGUUUUUUAUCUUAAGUAUAGAUGAUCUUUUGGAGUUUCUAAUAUUUGCAAGUUGGUGUAAGACAAUGCUGCUUACACAUGUAAAGGAAUGCUAGGGAAUUCUAGCUAGUCCUUCCAGCCUGUACUAUCAUGGUGUAAUUUUUGAGCAUAAUGCCUACUUGUUCUCCAUUCUCACACUGGGACAUCCUGUCUCCCAGACGAAAUGUCCUGAGUUAAUUUAGAAAAAAAGUGUUUGGAAAAUUUCUGUCUACCCUCAGUCAAUUAAACAAGUUCAAACGGGGAAAUGAUCAUUAAUUAAUUAAGCAGUCCGGUUAUACUUUUGUAGCUUGAAAUAUAACCAGUACAAAAAUAUUUUAAACUAAGCUCUGAAUUAAAGCAUAAUGUUUUGCAUCCAUCUUGUUUUUACUCCUUACUGAGGGACAAUUCUAUAGCCAUGGAUAGUCUUUUAUUACUAGCUUCCUAUAUAGCCAUUCCUCAUUGCAGUCUCAAUGGUUCAUUUUUGGGAAGCUGGUUAAGCAUGGUGGCAAGCUAGUUUAAUAACUAUCAUAGGAAAAAAUGCUGAAAUCUUAUAAAGGAGGUUAUAACAGGGCACUUAGAGAGUCCCAAUUCAUCAGGCAGGGUAAACAAGAUGAUUUGAUGACAGGGAAAUUGUAUCUGAUUGUUAUAAUUAAUUGAGAACUAACAAGCAACAGAAAUAAAGGGGAUCCUGUGGAGGUGGUAUACUUCGAUUUCUAAAAAGAGUUUGACAAAGUGCCGCACCAAAGGUCAUAGCACAAAAUAAGUCAGCUUAUGAUGUAGGCAGUAAGAAAUUAGCAUGAGUAUAACAGGAAGCAAAGAGGGGUUUAAAUGGAUUAUUAUCAAUUUUGCCAGUGAUAUGCCACAAGGAUCAGUGUUGGAGUUUCAACUAUUUAUAAUUUUUAUCAAGGACAAGGAACUGAAUAUGUGGUUGCAAAAUUUGCUGAUGACACUAAGAUAGGAAAGAAAAGAAAAAUAGCACUUUAUUUAACGGGAGAGAGAUUGCAACACUCAGGAUCCCAUACAUCAAUCACACAAUGUCAGUAUGCAGGUACAGCAAGUGAUUAGGAAAAGAUAUUGUUGUAUAUUGCAAGAUGAAUGGAAUAUAAACGUGGGAAUGUUUUGCAAUAGUUGUACAGGAUGUUGGUUAGACUACAUCUAGAGUACCAUGUACAAUUUUUAUCUCCUUAUCUAAAAAAGGACACAAUUGCAUUUUGAAAACUGAAAGAAUUGCGGAUGCCGUCAAUCAGAACACUAAGGAAGGGUCAUCGGACAUGAAAUGUUAACUCUGAUUUCACAGAUGCUACCAACAUGCUGAGCUUUUCCACCAAGGAUCAUAGAGACUUAGGUGUGCAUGUCCACUGAUCUGUUCAGGUAGUGGGUCAGGUGGAUAAAGUGGUUAUGAACUCGUGUGGUAUACUUUCCCUUAUUAGCCAAGGAAUAGGGAUGUUAUGCUGGAAGUGUCUAAAAUGUUGGUUAGACCAAGCUAAAGAACUGUGUAUAGUUCUGGAAUCCACGUCAUGGGAGGGAUGUGAUUACACUGCAGAGAGUGCUGAGGAAAAUUUACCAGGAUGUUGCCUGGACUGGAGAGUUUUAGUUAUGAAGAGAGAUUGGAUAGAUGGGGGUUGUUUUUCUUGGAGUAGGGGAGACUGAAAGGGAAUGUAAUUGAGGGGCAUAGAUAGAGUGGUCCCAUUGGUGGAGGAAUCAGUGAGCAAGGGGUAUAAAUUCAAGGUAAGGGGCAGGACGUUUAAGAAGGAUGUGGGGAAAAAUGUUUUCACCCAGAGGAUGGUGGGAAUCUGGAACUCACUACCUGUAAGGAUACCUAUAAGGCACUGUAACAAUUAAGAAGUAUUCAGAUGUGGCUUUGUGAUGGCAAGGUACACAUGUUAUGCGCCAAGCGCUGGAAAAUAGAAUAGCUCGUUGUUUGUUUUUGAUUGGUGCAGACUGGAUGGGCCGAUGGUUUUCUUCUGAGCUGUAGACCUCUAUGAGUUUAUAAUAUGUAGUGAAAAUGAUUGCAGAUAUAGGAAGAUAAAAACACAUUCUUGCUUCAAAUAAAUAGUCUGGAGGUUGCACAACAGGUGACAAUACAUCAAGUACAUGUUUUGAAUUCUAAAGCGCGUUUUGGAGCAUUUGUUUAUGAGUCUUGUGGUGACCUGCCACCCAUUUGUGCGCAGGCGCACGGAAUUGCCUAGGUAACCGCGGAGCCACGUUGCUAGGGGCGAUGGCAAGAUGGUGAAAGGAGCAGACAGGAAGAAGAAGAAAGGGAAGGAGGAAAAGGAGAAAGAAAAGGACAAAGAAAAACUAACGAAGUUGAAGUCCUCCGAAUUGGCAGAGGAGGUCCUGUCAGAAGCGGAGCCGGUGCAUUCCGAAGGAAAUCUGACGUGUCGGAUGGUGUCGGAACAUCAGGAUGAAACCACUCCAGACAUGUCCGAGGGCUCCGAGCGCCAUGGCCAGACGCAGGAAACCUCGGCGGUUUUCUAUGAGGAGCCUAUCCUGACCAAGUUAAUAAUAGAGAGGUGCGGCCCUGAAUGGUGUUUGACAGCUCGAUCACUAGCUGACACUAAAUGAGCCAUGUCUCCACACUUACUACUGACCAGUUACUGAACCCUAUCUACCUACCUUCACUAUCAGUCUCUGAUUCUGGAUUGAACCUGCAUCCUACUGCUACAUCAAAUCUCCACUCCAGUUCUAAAUUUAAGGACUGACCAACCUUAAACCCUUCUGCUAACCAGAAUCUUAAUCUGAACUCUAAAGCAAACUACUUAACCAGAACUUCAACACCUACUACUGACCUUAACCCCAAUCCCUCGUCCAAAUCUUAAUCUGAAUUCUAACUCUAUCUCUUUUGUUGCGUGUUUAAUGCCCAUAAUCAUGAGUUUGGUCAAGGAGAAGGCAGUCUUCAGGAGAACAGUUUUCAGGCUUAGACUUCUUUAUAACAUUUUAUUACAUACGAGUACUAAAUAUUACAAUUCAUGGUAUCCAGAGAUAUACGAGGCUCUUACUGUUACAGGAUAGAAAGACUAUUCCAUAAAUUCUUCUACCUAAUGCUAGAUGGUCUACUUACAUAUUUUUCUACAAGUGUUUCAAACAUGCACAUGGAUAGACUUCAAGCUUCUGCCUAGCUCUCCUGGUGCUUCUCCUUUUUUUUCCCCCUAACUUUGCCUACACUUUACAUCUAAUGAAGAAGAACUCAGUGAGAUCAUCAGAGUGUUGCUCGAGCCCUUACAGAAAACCCCUCCUAAGCUUUUUUCUCCCACCUUAAAUUUUGAUUAAUAUUUAUAUACAUUCUCAAAGUUGCCCAGAUUACAUUUUUUUACAAUAUCUAAUGCAUAUUUUUCCUUAUCGCUCCCACCUCUCUCCAAAUCUUUGACUUGUUUCAUUUGUGUCAUUAGAUGGGUCAGGAAAGUCUAUGACAAGGUUAAAAAAUAGCUGAGGUAAAGUUAGUAAGCCUUUUUUUCUCUCUGCUGACUUCUGUUAGAUCAGCAGUGCUCACUGAAGGGUCUUGCAUUGAUAUAACUGCAGGAAUGCAUGGAAAAGUUGGGUUGUUUCUUCUUCUCCAUCAUUAACAUCUAGAUAAAAUAAUAUUGUUAAUUCUUCAUGAAAGGAGUGAAGUCAUUCAUCCAUUGAUGCUUAUUUCCUAUAAAUAAAAACUAGUGGCAUUAACCUAUUCUUCAAGGUUCUGUUCCAAGGCAUGAAUAUACAUGUUGGCAUACAAAUUAUUUGGUUUGAUGCUUGUUAUAUUCUUUAGACUAUAGCAAGUUUUUGAGAAAUUACCUCUUUGCCUACAAAGAAUAUACUAUUGGUGUAACAAUGGGCAGUUUGUCUUUGCUGAUGUGGGUUUUGGAACCACACCUGUGACAAGAUAUUAUAGCAUUGUAUUGCCUAGGACAUUGAAUUGAUGUUCUCACAUAUGGUAUACUUUUUGGAUGAGAGGUUGUCUCCGCUAGUUGCAUACUCUAUCAUGUUUAAAAUAUAUAAUACUCUCUAUAGAAUGUUCUGCAUUAAAUUGAACUUUUACUUUUUAAUGUU